AUGUCCGAAGUGGCGACCUCGGAGCCCAACAUCAAGCAGGACAGUACCACCCCUGCGCCCGCUGGUACUUCAGACAACCCCCUUGAUGCCCCCGAUGGACCCCCCGCUGAGACCACACUAGGAGCCAAGGAGGAUGAGGAGAUGGGCGACGCUGCAAAGGAUCCCCAGGCCGGCGACAAGGAGGGCGCUGACGGUGCCGCGGCCGCCCCCGCCGUCCCAGGCGCCGAUGGUGCGGCGACCGAGGUCAAGUCGAAAGAGAGCAUAGAGAACGCCGCCCGGGAACACCUCAUCUCCCAGACGCACUCCAUUGUCCUGCCCAGCUAUAGCACCUGGUUCGACAUGAACACCGUCCACAGCAUCGAGCGCAAGGCCUUGCCCGAGUUCUUCAACAGCCGCAACCGCAGCAAGACGCCGCACGUCUACAAGGACUACCGCGACUUCAUGAUCAACACCUACCGUCUGAACCCGAGCGAGUACUUGACCGUCACCGCCUGCCGGAGGAACCUGGCUGGUGAUGUCUGUGCCAUCAUGCGUGUCCACGCCUUCCUGGAGCAGUGGGGCUUGAUCAACUACCAGGUUGAUGCCGACCAGAGACCCGCGCCCGUCGGCCCACCUUUCACUGGUCACUUCCAGGUCAUCUGCGAUACCCCACGUGGGCUUCAACCCUGGCAGCCGUCGGCAGACCCCAUCGUGCUGGAGGGAAAGAAGAGCGCCGACACAGACCAAAAGGCUGCCGCCACCCCGUCUGCCGCGGGCGAGCGCAACCUCGAGAUCGGCCGAAACAUCUACGAGGCCAGCGCCAAGGCGAAGCAGUUGAACAAGACCGAGUCCAAGACCAACGGCGAGGCUGCAACCACCAACGGCACAGCAAGCGCUUCGCCCAGCGCUGAGGAGUUGACCAAGGCACCCAUUGUCAAGAUCAACUGCCAGAACUGCGGCGUCGACUGCACCAGAGUUUACUACCACCUGCCCGAGGCAGCCUCCCCAAACAAGACCAAGUACGACGUGUGCCCGAGCUGCUUCAUGGAUGGUCGCAUGCCCCACAACCAGAUGAGCAACUCCUUCGUCAAGUUGGAGAACCCGACAUACUCGGCUGUGCUGGAUCGUGACGCUCCAUGGACCGAUGCCGAGCUCCUCCGCCUCUUGGAGGGUCUUGAGAAGUACGAUGACGACUGGGCCGAGAUUGCAGAGCACGUUGGCACCCGGACGCGAGAGGAGUGCGUUCUGCAGUUCCUGCAGCUGGACAUUGAAGACAAAUAUCUCGAGUCGGAAGCACCGAUACAUGCACCGACCGGUUUGGGCAUGCUUGGCAGUCAAGGCGGCCAGCUACCCUUCAGCAAGGCUGACAACCCCGUCAUGUCGGUCAUCGGCUUCUUGGCCAGUCUCGCGGACCCAAAGAGCACCGCGGCCGCUGCCAAGCAGUCGGUUGACGAGCUCCGGGCCGGCCUGCGGAACAAGAUCGAGGGCGGCGAGGCGAACGGCAAGGGCAAGGAGAAGGAAGGCGAGUCCAUGGAGGUUGACAUCAGGCAAGAAACCACUACGACCACCACCACGACUACAACCACCACCACCACCGCCGCCGCAAGCAUCCCGCUUGCCAUGAUGGCCGCUCGCGCUGGCGGCCUCGCCUCGCAUGAGGAGCGCGAGAUGACUCGCCUACUGAGUGCCGCAGUCAACGUCACUCUGCAGAAGAUGGAGCUGAAGCUUAAGUUCUUCGACGAGAUGGAGAGCAUCCUGCAGGCCGAGCGCCGCGAACUUGAGCGCGGCCGCCAACAAUUAUUCCUGGACCGCCUCGCCUUCAAGAAGCGGGUUCGGGACACCCAGGAGGGCCUGAAGACCGCCGCCGCCAAUGGUGGGGACAUCAAGAUGGCCGGCUUUGACGGGGGUUUGACGUUUGCAUCCACGCCUGCAGUAGGGUCUGUCCAGCCCCUUGGUGCCGAAGGGCAGAUCAAGAGUUACGAGGCUUAA